ACGAGCGCUACAUUAAUUAGAAGAAGAAGAAGUUUGCUCUCGGGUCUUCAGCCGUUACGGAUCAUCCGGUGCCAGCUAUGGAUGCUGAUAACGAACAGACCGCCAUGAUGGAGCCUGCGAUCACGGCCGCAGAGGAAGAGGGCGAGUAUACGUCACAGGCAUCCAUAAUCGUAACCGACGAGAAAGUGAAAUUGUAAGUACACGUGUUACUUUUAUUUUCCAGCUUCUCAUAACCUCUCAUAGCGAAAUCAAAUCACUAAAGGUGCAAACAGGUGCCGUGUUCAUUGCAGUUUAACGUGGUGUGCUGUUCAAAUAAAUCCUACGAUACCACCAGAAACCCACGCACAGUAUCUUACGACGAUAUCAUAUUUCGUGCAAAGGUAUGUAAAAAUUUUGCCUCUCGUAUUGUCAAGAAGAGACAUCGCCUCGGAGAGCUACGGUACGGCGCGUCGCUCCACAACGGAGAUCUCGGAGGCCUCUAUCUAUUCGGUUACUUAGAGGCGCUACACGUCAAAGGCGCUCAGCCGACAGCUCGCCGUCGUCGCAGCAAUCUUGGAGACAAGACUUUUAGAAAAUUAAGGCUAACAAACCCAACACACGAUGAAAGAAGAGCUAGAAGGUGAAAUUAAUAUUGGCUAAGACAACGUUUUGCGCUGAUACUGGCAAAUUCUUCCUAAUGUGCGCAUCUGUUCUUAACCGCAGCUGCACACCCCCACUGUUCUUCACCAUCGCCGGCCUUCUGGUGUUCUUUCUCAUCGGAUCCAACCUGUUCAUGUUCGUCAACGCCAACGUCGGAAACGCCGCCCGUCUGGAGGCCACAGAAGAGUACGAGGGCGUGGUCUCCACCAAAAAGGUUCCGCACAUCAUCGGACGCGCCGUAAACGAGUCCGAGGGGCACGACCACGGGACGGGGGUGCUAUUGAAGCCGCCAGGGUCAAGGACGAACCCCACCGGGCGCAAGACCGGUCACUCACCCCCGCUGCUACCCAGCCGGUCACUGUUGUGCGUGCUGGGUGGUCGGACCCAGGAGUACGGCCCGAUGUGGCUCGACGGCCUGUGUGACGUGGCCCUGGUGCCCUUCUACGCGCUGCCCAAGGGCGGCGACACCUUCCUCAACGACGGUGACAGGGCCACGCAGCAGGUUCUCGACAAGGCCGCCAAAGCGGUCAAGACUACCUACGGCAUCCACGUCCCUCUCAAAAAAGUGCCUAAAGUUAUGGACGACCUUAUACGAAAAAGAGUUCAGAACAAGAUGAGGAACUAUUGGAUGCACAAGAACAUCUACCACUACGCCAUCCUUGACCUGCGAAUCAAGCCCGAGGACACCACGCCCCCUGACGGCGUUGUGGGCAAAGCCUUCGGAGUGCUUGAGAAGUUCAGAAGCAUUCAGGAGAAUAUCCGCCGGGCGGUGCCGAAAAUGGCGGCGAAGAGGCACCGCAAGGCGUACGUCAUCCUGGGCACGCAUCUCCGCAUGUCCACGAACAAGGAGUUGUUCAAGGCCCUCGAACGCCACGUCGGGUCCUUUCCGAUCAGUGCCUUCGUACUUCGCACUCACAUCACCCAACGGGAAGCUCUGACGCUGUCCGACGGAUGCAGUAUCGCCGGCCCUGCGCCUUACAAGUUGAAGAAAAAUUUUCGAUUUAUGGGAAUGGCUGGUACGAUGUCAUACGUGAGAAAUUUCUCGUGGGUGUGGCGUACGCCUCUGGUCGUCUCGUUCACGUUAUGCACGCGCCAAUACCGGUCAAGAAAGGAACUCCGCGUCGGCGCCAAAUGCCGCAACAAUGCCACCAUGACGACCACUUCCUCGGUGAUGUGCAGCGAAAGGCCGGACUUCUACGGAAACCAGGCGAUCGACAAGAUGCAACACACGGCUUACUCGUGGAAGGAGCCGGAUCUCGUGGCCACCUACGACACUGCCGACACGAUGAGAUGGAAGGUAUGCUCCCUGGAGAGAGGGCACCGUCCCGGGAACCUGAGCGUGGCGCUGUUCGACGUCGAGUGCGACGACUGGCGCGGGAAGUGCGCACAGCCUAGCGCGUCGCACAUGAAGGGUUCCGACAGGACGCGCAGCCUGCGCGCCUACAUGCGCCGGCUGUCCCGACGAGGCGGCGGAAGCGCCAGUCACGACUGUCCGUAGGCGACGUAACCCGCGAUAGCGCUUAUUCAGCCGUAGUGGCCAUACCAUACUCUACUUUCUGCCACCUUCGGAUAAACUGUGCUUGUCAGCAGAACUGAGCACGCACCGGUAUGGGUCUCCGUCCGAUGGCGAGGUCGUUCAAUAAACUUGCUGAAGAAUGUCGA